AAAACCGUCCACAUGCCACUCACCCACCUUCACCUUAGGGGUUAAGCAUCUCUUCACAUUUCCCCUUUUAAAAUACUUAUGUGUAGAGAACCAAAAUUUGUUACCAUAGUCUGCAUAAGUUUUAUGGGAUUUCAUUUUCCUCCACUUAACUAGUAGCAAUCAAUCACACCCCCUCCCUCUCUCUUUCACCCCACACUACUUCAAGUAAUUUUUAUGGUCUUCUUGUUAUAAUUAUUGAUCCUUUACAGAUAGAUAAGGUCAUAAAUAGGUAUUAGAUAUACAGAUUAGAGAAAAGACAUGUUCACUUCUUCUCAGCUUCCUAGGCCUUUCCUUCUAUCAAACCACUCCCAGUCAUCAAUUUCCUUAGACCUUCACAAGGUUUGGGCUAUAAGCAGCAAUCUGAUCCUCCUUUUAUCCUUUAGAUUGAUUUCUCUUCUCACAUCUCGAUCAAACGGAUAAAAUUUUCCAAAUUGCCACCUUUUUUCUCAUCUUAUUGCAUAGAAAAAGAAACUAUUGUUUUCUGGUUACAAGUGCUUUCAAGGGGUGUCUUUUAAGAUAUGGGUUUGAGUUCUAAGCAGGUUUCUAAUAGAGGACUUGAUUGGAACCAAACCUUGUUGCAGGCUCAAAACUUGGAACUCCCAAAUCCUCCUCCUAUGAGGAAACAACAACAAACUCAGCCAUCAGAGCCUUUGAAGUGUCCAAGAUGUGAUUCUAUUAACACCAAAUUUUGUUACUACAACAACUACAACAAGUCUCAACCUCGACAUUACUGCAGAGCUUGCAAGAGGCAUUGGACUAAAGGUGGAACUCUACGCAAUGUUCCUGUUGGUGGUGGAAGGAAGAAUAAGCGAGUCAAGAAAUCAACCACUCCAGCGAUAGCCACCACUUCUAUUAGUACCAGCACCUCAAAUGCCAACAUGGAUGGUGAGUUGAAUAACCCCAUCACCAUUCCUUCUCUAGCAGUGGAUGAUCACAAAACCACACCUUCCUCUCUCUAUCAAUAUGUGUGCCUGCCCCAACAGAAUCUGAUGAGUACCAAAGACUCAGAAGAAGGCAAAGACUUUGGUAUUGGUAAUGGCAUCUUCCUGAGUUCAACUGUGCCUUUUCCUCAAAGCCAAAGCCUUCUGUUCCCCUUCACAACAUCAAACUCCUUUGACCCAAACCUAUGUGCAAUAUCAUCCUCUUUUCGAUCCUCCAGUGUGUAUAACUAUGGUGAAGAGUUUAAAAUAAUGGAGGAGCCAACCCUCAACAGCAUAAUGCCCAACACUAGUGGAAGCACCAACACACAACCAUGGGAGAUAGCUGCAACAAGUUCUGGCAUGGAAAUGUCAAAUUAUUGGACUUGGGAGGACAUUGAUUCGUUUGUGUCAACUGAUCCAAAUGUUCCUUGGGAUGAUUCUGAUAUCAAACCCUGACAAAAGAAAAGAAGAAAAAAAUGAAAAUAGUAACCCAUGUCCUUAGAUUAGUUAUUAAUUAAUUGUGGCGUUUUGUGUUUCACACGGAUUAGUAAGUGUUCUUGUUUUCAGAUGGAUUAUAUUUCGAUAUUAUGCCACACUUUGAUGGUUUGAGGAGAUAUCUGCAAAUCACAAAACCAUGAGAGGAAGUAGCAGAUGGAUCAUACUAUCCAUUGAUGUUUCUUCACUUGUAAGUCUACAAAGAGAAGUAUUUGGAGCUGUCUUAUUUUAGUUUCAGCUUCAGAUUCAAGCAAGGGGGGUCCAAUUAACUGUAACCCAAUGAGUUUGCCUGUUCAUCUCUCUAUCAUUUCCUGUAAUAAAAUGUUACAUUAGUUUUGUAUGCAAGUAGUUUAGCAUUAUUCACAAGUAUAGGGAAUUUUGUUUAUUUGUUUUGUAUUUCUUUAAUUAAUGGUUUCUGAGUGCCUUGUGUUGGGGAUGACUAUUGACAUGGGGUCUGCUCCAGCAGAGCUGAACUGACAGAAUGUGAUGGAAGAUUCUUGUGGAUAUGUAUAUGUGCAUGUGUUGGAAAUUGGAAUGAUAUAACAUGGAUUUGAUUGGCCAAGAUUCAUCACCACCACUUGUUGAGAAUCAUUCUUUGCUUCUGGGCCAUAAGGAAUUCUGGUUCCAGAGUAGUUUAUUGAUGUACGAUAUUCUGUUACUAUUAUAUUCCUCAAGGAUCGUUUAUCUUUGGGCUUACACUUCACAUGGUGUUUUCAUAUUUGUUCCUGUUUAAUACAACAGUGUAUGGUAUCUUUGGCCCACCGUAUUUUCAGUGUUUGUUUAUGCUUGUCGUUUCUUCUAUGAUUGCAUGGCCAUGGACCAACAGUAGAACCCUUUAUUGUAUGAAUUUUUGCAAAUAAUAGAAGAUAUCCUCAGGGUUUUGAAA